AUGCGAAGCGUUGUGUCCAAACUCAUUAAAACGUUACUCCAAGUGCAAUCUGGUGCACUGGUGCAGAGUUAUCAGUUAUGUUCGAGUUUAUCUGUUACUAACACUCAUCACAAAGAUCUGCAACUGUACGAAGAUGAUCUACAGCAUGAAUUCCAGCAAGUGCUUCGAGAAGAAAAGCGGCUUGUACUUGAUCCGGUGGAAGAUCCUCUGGCUGUGGAGGUCUUUCCAAACACAAAGCCGUCGUUCAACUUUGCUGCUUACGUGAACAAAUCUCACAGUUUGCAACAACUCGUAGCGCUGGGUGUCGAAUUACACAAGUUCGAGAAACGCAAAGGCAUUACACAGUUUGUUUUGGGAUUAGAUUUCGAACGCGACAUGAAGCAGCACAUUCGUUUUCUAUCGGAUAAUGGAGUACCGACAGAUGCUCUUGGAGAGUUCCUUACAAAAAACCCGUUGAUUUUUAAAGAGGAUCUGGGAGAUUUAGACACAAGGAUAAAUUAUCUGCAUUCGAAACGAUUUCUGCCGGAGCAAAUCGCACGCAUCGUCACUAAAAAUCCUUUUUGGCUCUUGCUCAACACCAAACGCAUAGAUGGACGGCUAGGAUAUUUUCAGAAAACAUUUAGCCUGCAAGGAGAUGAGGUCAGGAUGCUGGCUACUAAACAACCGAGACUAAUUACAUACAAUCUAGAGCAUGUGCGCAAAAAUACCUUCUCUGUGCAGGAAGAGAUGGGAUUCCAAAAGAACGAAGUCAAACAGUUAUUACUUAGCAAACCAAGAAUAUGGAUGAUAAAUACAGAUGCUUUGCACUACCGGUUCGAAUAUAUUCACCGCCGAAUGAAAAUUUCUCAUGCCGAAAUUCUGAAAACACCCGACUUACUACUGACACGCGACGUUCGGAUCAAACAAAGACACGGAUUUCUCAAAUUUCUUGGCAAAGUGCAGUACGAUCCCAAGAAAGAGCUGUAUAUUCCGCUAAAAUCACUGGCCGAGAAGACCGACGAGGAGUUCGUUACAGAAGUAGCCAAAUCGAACAUGGAAUGUUACAAUCGGUUUUUAAAGACACUUUAAACAAAAACUGCAGUUUUUUAAAGCAAAAUAAAAAGAUUCAUAAAAAGAACAUCUAAUGGAAACUUUUCCAUAUCUGCAUAAAGAGCGAU